AUGACUUCCUACCUCUCAUCAACGCUUGCGGUUCUUGCAUGCCUUUGCGUGACCACGUUCGCUCAGUCAAAACCCUCUUUCUGCAAGACCUACGAAUGCCCUCUGUUCAAUGUUGAUACGAGCAACGGCUACGAGAUGCGAACAUACACAUCCGAGAACGUCUGGGUCGGGACCACUAUCACAAGUAGAGGCAGCUAUAUGGGCUGGAUGGAACAAAGCAGAAUGUUCAACAGACUCUUCCGUUACAUCAGUGGUGAUAAUGAAGCAGGCACAAGAAUCGACAUGACAGUUCCUGUACUUAUGAAAUUCGAAGAUCUUCAGAACGGUCAGUUCAGAAAAACCAUGUUAUUCUACCUCGCCAUUCCCAACCCCCCAAACCCGUCUAAUGGUGACGUUUUCCUCGAAACCGUGCCAGCCAACACCAACUUCAUGGUCAGGUCAUGGCGUACAUUCUUCUGGGCAACUACAAGGUCCUACAACGACAACAUGGACGCUCUAAGGGACGCAAUCGGGAGCUCAGCGUCCGUCAAACCAAACCUUUUUUACAGAGUUAGUUAUGACUCCCCCAUGACUUUUGGCCGACACAACGAAGUUUGGCUGGAACCACAAUAA